UCGUCUGGCUGAAUGUUCAUUGAGUGUUGUUACACCAGUGGACAGUUACAAAAUAUUUAUUGCUGGUUGUGAGUUGCCCACGGUGUUGGCAGUAGUGCGACUAUCUGAGUGUCGCCUGGACCACUCGGCCACUCGACGUCCUCGACCGCUCGUCUCGCCACUCAGUCGACGUCAUGGCUCCUCUCGCGCUCGUCGUCAUCCUCCUAGCGACGGUAGCCCAAGGUAAGGUGUACGAUAGGUGUGAGUUGGUGAGGGAGUUAUCUCGACCCAAACACAACAUACCACCUGGAGACCUCGCCACCUGGGUGUGCAUCGUGGAGCACGAGUCCCGCUACAACACUUCCGCCGUGGGUCGCCUCAACGCUGACAAAAGUGGUGACCACGGGCUGUUCCAGAUCAGCGACAUCUACUGGUGCUCGCCCCCGGGGACUGGCACUUCCUGCGGCCUUACCUGCGCCCAGCUAGAGGAUGACGAUAUUGACAACGACGUGGUCUGUGCGCUCACAGUGCAUCGCGCUCACAGUGGUCGCAUCGGGGGUGGCUUCACGGCGUGGACUGUGUACAAGACUUACUGUAGUGGUGACGUCAGCUUCUACGUGCAGGGAUGCGAUACAACCAACGGUACUUCUCAACAUCCUACAAGUUCCGAUAUCCCUGCACAAAACCCACCAAGUACGUUUACCACUACGUCACAACCAAGGUUGACGUACGAUACUUCAUCUGAGUACAGCAAGAGGCCGUUACCUACGAAACCGUUCACACCUACCAAGAAACCUAGCAGAAAACCACAGAGUCCGACAACGAAGAAGCCACGAACGACGAGGAAGCCGACGAUAGUAACCGAUACAACGAGCGGGAGACCACACGAUAAUCCUGACGAUAAAUACAUCAUAGAUGAUACAGGGAAAAUAACACUAGUCAAUCAGAUAUCGGCGUCACAGACUUCAAGGUCUCGACAAACGAGUUUUCCUCGUCGACCUCCUUUAACGCGCGACCCAGACCCGAGCUCAGCUUGGCACAACAUCCAUCACGACCCGAGGUUUCUGGACGAGUACCCUUGACUGUGACUUCAGGACAACACUGUUGUGAACUGUUGGGAACAUUGUGAACUUGUGAUCUCUGAUACUUGUUGUAAGUACUGUGACGUUUAAAAUACCUAAAAUAUACUGCCG